GUCGGUUAAAAUAACAUGGCGGACAAGUUGACUGAUCGGGAAAUUGCAGAGCAAUUAAAGCGGUUUGGUGAUACAGUUAAGGUUCCGAUUGACAAAAAGAAACGUCCAAUAUAUAAAAAGCUAAACCACUAUUAUGCAAAAGAAAAUCCUCCACCAAAAAAGGGAAAGACUGUAGCUAAGUCUUCUAAAUUGCCUGUUCGUGCCUCAGAGUUUAGCGACGACAGCCAAGACGAAAGUGAAAGUGGAAACAUCAGCAAGAUUUCAUUGAGGAGAAAUAAGUCGAAAAACAACUCGUUUAUCAGUGAUUCGCCUGUUAAAAGCACUUUAAAAAACCGCGACAACGGGGUUAAUAUUACUACAGGAACUAUAGCUAGGGUCGCAAAAAACAAGAGGAUCUCAAACAUACAGCAAGAGAUAUACCCAGAUGAGUUUUCUGAUAAUGACACUGGAGAUGAGAGUGUGUAUGUUGAAGAAAAGUCCAUCGGAAUCAACACCACAAUGAACUAUGAGGAAGAUGAUUCAGAAGACGACGACGAUGAUUCAGUCAUCGUGACGCAUAGCCCUUCCGCAAAUAUAUCAACAAUUAGCCCAUCUACCCAGUCACGGUCUGCAGAGAGGAGUCGGUAUCCAGUGCAACAUGACAGUGGUCUCAUAAUUUCUAAAACAAUACUCGCCAUGCUUGCAGUUUUCUUCCUUGUUCUUGGUGUAUGUUACAUGUAUAUUCGAUGGGACAUGUUCUUUACAAAUGAGGCAGCUUUAACACAAACAGAUCUCAAGGAAACUUCUUUCAUUGAAAAUGGGGUAACAUAUAAUUUCUCAACACAGAUAAUGAAGGGCGUCCUUCCUUUGCUGCAUACAAUUCAUGAGAAUUUGGCAACAUUGAAAGGCCGCUAUGAACUUGGAGAGGUGGAUGACACAGGAGCACGUCUUACCAGGGAAGACCUUAGGAAAAUGGCUGCAGAGACGAAAGACAAAGAUGAACUUGUGCAGCUCUGCCUUCUACUGAUAUUAAGAAACAAAAAGUGGGAUAUUAUAGCGUACACGGAGGACGGUAUGACAGCAGACUACUCGACGGAUGUGCACUAUCUGGAGAGUCGCUAUGGUAACCUGCCCCUCUCCAGUCGGGUGAUGCUGGCACUCUACAGGGUGCUCUAUGGCCUCGCUAUGCUGAUCAUGUGUGUACUGUUUGGUGUGAUAGGUAUUUACUACUUGAGGUGGCAGAACAAGAGGAAGGAGAAGGAACAACAGAAGGUCUACGAACUUGUCGAGAAAAUCAUAGAAAUGCUGAAGGACAAUUAUGAGGUGUCAGAGCGCAAGAACGACCCUAAGAACUACCCGCCAUACAUGGCUGUACAACAUGUCAGGGACCAGCUCAUUCCCGUGCCAAAAAGGCGUCAGAUGCAGACGCUGUGGGAUGACGCGGUGAAGUUCAUUGAGGCAAAUGAGUCUCGUAUCCGUCCUGAGACUCAGGUCAUACAGGGGGAGGAGUUCUCGGUCUGGAGAUGGCUGCAGGCAAUGCCAAAUGGACAUAAAAUGUGGCAAGGCCAAGCGUUUGGAGAGACGAACAUCAGCAGUGUGAACAGUCUGCCGUACGGUCCAACGCCCUGCCUGAAAGUCAGGAAUAUGUUUGACGCCAACACGGAGCAGAACAGUGAUGACUGGCACCUCGACGUGGAGGAGGCUGUACUGGAGAAGUGUCAGGACAACCAUGGAAUCCUGCACAUCUACGUAGACCGCUCUUCCAAGGAGGGCUGUGUGUACAUCAAGUGUGUGAGCUGUGAGAAAGCCUACCAGGCUUAUCAGGCCCUGCAUGGAUGGUGGUUUGACGGACGCCUGAUAACAGUGAAGUAUCUACGCCUGGAGCACUACCACGAGCGCUUUCCCGACUCCAGGAACAGCCGACGCCCUCUGCAGCCGGCCAAGUCGGAAAUGCCCUCCAUAUCUCGCCCAUAUCACCGGUCAGCUCUGGAAAUGACGUAACGCUUGAUUCCUGGAUGGUUCAUUUAAUUCCCGGAUCAUAAGUUUGAUUCACAACUGAAGUGGUUGAUUUCAUGAAUUAAUGCUAUAUUACCAAUACAAUGGUGACUAAACUGUAGAUUGGUAGAUUGGUGCCAUUGGACGCGUUUGUAGUCUCUUUGGAAAUCAAAUUAAAUUUAAGACCUUUAUGACUAUAUUUAAGUUUUCAAGACUUCAUUUCCAACCUGGGAAAGGGUAAAUGUUAAUUAAGUUACCAUAAUAAUUUAAUUUGCAAGUUUGCAAUGACUAAUGAUAUACCAUUGCCUUUUAAAAAAAAAAAUACAACUUUAUUUAACUUCAGAACAGACUGAAAAAUAGCCAGCGCAUUUGAAAAUGUUAAUUUUUAGUGGAUAAAUAAGAAACAUUUAAAUGAAUGGUAUUCUUAGAAUAAAAAAGUUUCAAGACAUUCUUCAUUCCUGUUUUCCUUUUAAAUGUUGGUUCAUGGGAAUAGGCCCAUUUUCAAAAACCUGUAUAAAAAGCAGUUCUAUGAUACGGACUAGUCAUGUAUUUGCAUAUCCAUCUGAUUUCUGACAUGUACCCUUUUCUUCAAACUAGAUCUUUUCCAACAAGUUAAAACACAAAUGCACUGGGCUGUUAAUUAUAUUAGUUGUAUAAAUGACAUGUAUGUAUCACUGUGUUACAAGUUCAGAUGCUUCAAAUGUUGCAAUAAAUGCCAUGUCAUUAAUAUUUUUGUUAUGUUCAGAUUUUUAAUGUUCUAAUUGAAAUAGUUUGCUGCUUUUUGAGUGCUUUGUGGAUAGCUGUAUUGCAGAAAUAUUCAUUUUUGUGAUUUACCUGUCAAUAUAAUGUAGUAUGUUUAUGUAUUUUUUAUUAAUUGUAAAUGUUUCAUUAGGGUUUUUCUUUUUCGACAAGGCCAGUUUAUUUUAUGCACAUAAAUUAACCAGUGACAUGUUGAAAUAUUACAACUUAUAAAUGUUUGCUUUUUAAAGGUUAUUGAAAACAAAUGUAUGUAAUACAAUGGUGCACAUUUAAUGUAAAAGAAACUGGGAUACAAAUCUUGUGUUUUGAUGUAUAUCUUCUUCAUGGUACCAAAUGUUUUCUUGAUUUUUAAGGUCGGCUGUUUUCGGAGAAAACCCGAGGUAUUUUCAUAGCCUCCUCGUCAUCCGCCGUCCGUUACAUUUGCUCUAAAAUUAAAGUGCUUCCACCUACAACUUUGAAACUUCAUAUGUACAUGCGCCUUGAUGACUUCUACAUGCCACACCCAUUUUUGGGUCACUAGGUCAAAGGUCAAAUUCACUGUGACCUCUAAUAUAAAACUUUAACUUUGCCUCUAACAUUACAUUGCUUCCACCUACAACUUUGAAACUUUAUAUGUAGAUGCACCUUGAUGAGUUCUACACGCCACACCCAUUUUGGGUCUCUAGUUCAAUGGUCAAAGUCACUGUGACCUCUAAAAAAAUUCUGACAAGCUUUUGCAGCUGAGCGUGGCACCCGUCAUGCGGUGCUCUUGUUAAGCUCACCUGAGUACAACAUGCUCAUGAUGAGCUUUUGUGAUCCCCUCUUGUAAGUCAUGUGUUGUCUGUCUUGUGAUCGCCUCUUGUAAGUCAUGUGUUGUCUGUCUUGUGAUCGCCUCUUGUAAGUCAUGUGUUGUCUGUCUUGUGAUCGCCUCUUGUAAGUCAUGUGCUGUCUGUCUUGUGAUCGCCUCUUGUAAGUCAUGUGUUGUCUGUCUUGCGUGGUCAAUAUUUACCUUGUUAACACUCUGGAGGCCACACUCUGGAGGCCACAUUUAUUUUCCAAUGUUCAUGAAACUUAGUCAGAAUAUUUGUUCUAAGGAUAUCUGGGCUGAUUUUAAAAUGGUUCUGGUUGGUUGAAAAACAUGGUCGCUAGGGGGCAGGGGCAGUUUUCCUCAUAUGGCUAUAGUAAAACCUUGUUAACUCUAAGUCACGUUUAUUGUACAAUCUUCAUAAAAGAUACACUGUAACUCCAAUAUAACGCGGAUGACGGGGUCCAAGCCACGCAACAGCGUUAUAAACGGACAGCGUUAUAAGUUUUGAGCUUAUUUAUUUAAAAGGGCUAUAAAAACAGGUAAAGUAUAGCCUAUAAUGUAGGUCCUGUGUAUUGUCAUGCUGUGUUGUCAUCCGCAAAUACAUGCACAUAAACCGAAUCGAACGAUAACAGUAUACAUACCGCUUUUUUAAUGUGCACAUUUAUCUGAUAAUCCAAUAUAAUUACAACAUCACUUACGAAAAAAUAAUGUUAAACAUUUAUGACAAGAAAUAUGUUUACGAAGUUCGUAAACAAAUUCAUUUGCCUACGCCAUUUUUCAGAAAAAUUAGUACAGUGCAUUAUGGGACACAGCUUUCAUACGACGAGCGAAUUUAAAUUUAGAUUGAAUGCAAUACAAUACAUAUACAAAGAAAUAUUUUAUUGCGUCAUACGCAGCAUGUAAAAAACGUGCUUUCCGUGGACUUUCCGAUAAUGGGAACAAAUUUAAGUGCAUCUCUGUUAACUAUUACACUGCGUUAGCAUGUAGUCAGAAUAUUUGUUCUUAUGUUAUCUUGGAUGAGUUUGAAACUGGUUCUGGUUCAUUUAAAAACAUGGUCACCUGGGGCUGGGGGCAUUUUCCUUAUAUGCCUAUAGUAAAACCUUAACACUGUUGAGGUCAUAUUUAUAGUCGAAUCUUUAUGAAACUUGGUCAGAACAUUUGUUUUAAUGAUAGCUCAUCUGAGUUAAAAAAUAGUUAUGGUUUGUUGAAAAACAUGGCCACCAGGUGGCAGGAUAUUUUUCCUCAUAUUGCUGUUGUGAAACCUUGUUAACAGUCUAGAAGUCACAUUUUUAGUGCAAUCUAAAUGAAACUUUGUUAGAACACUUGUCCUAGUGACUAAUCGGUCGAGUUAAAAAAUUUGUCUGGUGUUUUGAAAAUCAUGGCCUCCAGGGGUGGAGGGCAGAUUUCCUUAUAUGGCUGUAGUGAAAACUUGUUUACCCUAUAUUAGCCACAUUUAUUGGCCAAUUUUCAUGAAACUUAGGUAAGAACAUUAAUUUUGGUCCCAAUGAAAACUUGGCUGGGAUUGAAACUGAGUUAUGUGAGCUAUUAAACUAGGUUACUUGGUCAAAUUAAAAACAUGUUAAUACUCUUUUUAAGUCACUUUUUCGGUCUUUAUGAAUAAGCUCAAACUUUUUCAGGAUAGUCUAGCUCUUUUGGGUCUCAGGGUUAGCACCAAAAGGUCCAUGACCCUCUUGUUAAAUCUUAUUUUCUUUUCACUCUUUAUGAUUUAUUCAUAUCAUGUUGAAUAAAAAAUCAAUUAGUAUACUCUCAUUUCAUGUUAAGUUUAAAUGUUACCACAUCUGUUUAAUCCAGUUUGUAUUUUAACUGAACACUGAACAUGUUUUGGCCAUUAUAUAUGUGCGUUAAGUAUUGUCCCAGAUUAGCCGGAGUGCAGUCCACAAAGGCUAAUCAGGGGCGUUACCUUCUGGAAAGUCCCUUCUCAGCGAAAAUCCCAUUUAAGCAGAAAGUGUCGUCCCUGAUCAGCGUGUGCAGACUGCACAAUUUAUGCACAUGCAUUAUGCCUAGUUUCCCAGAGGGAGGCACAUGUGUAUGUAUUUCUUUUAGCUCACCUGAUUGCUCAGGUGAGCUUUUGUGAUCGGUCUUUGUCCGUCGUCUGUCUGUCCAUAUAUCCGUUUGUCCGUCGUCCACAUUUGGUUUGUAAACACUCUAGAGGCCACAUUUCUUGUCCGAUCUUCAUGAAACUUGGUCAGGAGAUUUGUCCCAAUUAUACCUCGAUCGAGUUCAUAAGUGGGUCAUGCUGGGUCAAAAACUAGGUCAAAAAAAGAGAAAAACCUUGUAGUAAACACUAUAGAAGUCACAUUUCAUGCCCAAUCUUCAUGUAAAUUUGUCAAAAUGUUUGUCUUAAUGAUAUGUUGGUUGAGUUCAAAAGUGGUUCCUGUCCGUUGAAAAACAUGGCCUCUAGUGGGCGGGGCAGUUUUCCUUAUUUGGCUAUAGAGAAACCUUGUAAACACUGUAGAGGCCACAUUUCUACAUGUAGGUCCAAAUCUUACAAAAACCUUGUAAACACACGUAGAAUUAGCAUUACUUGCAAAUGUUUGCAUUGCAAAAAACCCAUGCAAAUGGACAGUACUCUAUCAUAUGCUCACACUGCAAAUGUAAAGAGAACCAAUCUAAUAUGCUCUAGAGUACUGAAUUUUCAACUAACGGUAAGCAAUGAACAAGGCCUUGUAAAAAAAGGUGAUAUUUAUAUUUGGUAUGGCCAUUCCCCCCUACCUCUUAAUAAGAAAGGCAGUUGUCAGUUAGUGGCAGAAGUGUGCAUCGAGGUCUGGUAACCCUGCUAUCCCGGGAACAAUGUGGGUUGGAUAACUGACCACCAUCACAUGACUCCAAUACUGUUAUCAAUGGCAAAAAAUCCAACUUAAACUCUGAACAUGGUAGCUAUUAUUGUUUGUGGGAAUCUGUGAACGGACCGGUAAAUAGUCUCUAUAAAACACUUUCAUUGUUAACGAAAAUAUGAUUAGAUGGAAUGUAGUAAAUUGAAUGUUAAACUGAUUGUUAUUUAUAUGUGCCGUGCUCUGUGGAAAGGGGGCUUAAUGCAUGUUCCUAAAGUGUCAUCCCAGAUAAGCCUGUGCAGUCCACACAGGCUAAUCAGGGACGACACUUUCCGCUUUUAUGAUAUUUUUUGUUUAAAGUCUCUUCUUUGCAAAAAUCUAGUUUAGGCGGAAAGUGCUGUCCCUGAUUAGCCUGUGCAGACUGCACAGGCAUUCAGGGACGACGCUUUACGCACAUGCGUUAAACCCAUUUUUCACAGAGCACGACUCAUAUAGUCUCAGCAUUGGUAACAUGUUUGCAAGUGUGUGACUAGACUACCUGUUGAAUUUACAUUGAUGCAUAUCGGAAUGCAUUUGACAUUUGUUGUUCUAAUUGUGUAUGCAGAAUGUGAUACGGUUUUUGUAAUGUAAUGUUUUGAAUUACAAAAUAAACUGUUGUUUCACUACAAAAUAUAUAAACUUAACAUCAUAUGUUGUUUAUGAAUUAACUGUUUCUCUAAAUAACAAAACACAAGGUUUAGAACAUGCUCAUAUGGGUAACAUUGUAUUAUAUUUAAAAGAGACAAUUGAAUAAGUUGGGAUUAUUUUGAUUCAUUAACAUUUGUUAGGUGUUAAGCACAUGAUAAAAAAUACUAUCAAGUUUGUUAUUUUGUACUUUCUUGUCAAAAAGUUCGAAUUGAAUGCAAUUUUUCAUAAAAAAUAUGUUCAGUUUAGUUCAGACUAUAAGACAAGUGAGCUUUUUAAAGGGACUUGUUUACAGACUUUGAGUUUUUUUUAAGUCAUAAAAUAUGUUUACUAACAAAUAUUCAAUGUUUUUAAUAUUCUUAAUUGAUAAAAAUAGCCAGAAAAAUAGUUAAAUAAAAAAAUGCUGUCCCUAGGAUUCAAACAUGGAUUGUAGCCUUUUGUGGUGAUCAUUUAAUCAUACAUGUAUCCGCUAUGCUAAUAAUCCAAGUACUUUCCCAAUUAUUGAGAAAAAGCGUGUAUUAAUAUACUGAUUUUGAAUUAUGAUUAUCUGUUAGUGAAGCAAUAUUUUAAAUAUUUUUCUUAGUCAAUUGCAUUUGUUUGCUUGUUUUUACAUAACACAUACAUAAUUUUUAGCUCGGCUGUUUUCGGAGAAAACCCGAGGUAUUGUUAUAGCCAGCUUGUCAUCUGCCGUCCGGCGUAGGCGUCGUGCUAAAACCUUAACAUUGGCUCUAAAAUCAAAUUGCUUCCACCUACAACUUUGAAACUUUAUAUGUAGAUGCACAUUGACAAGUUCUACAUGCCACACCCAGUUUUGGGUCACUAGGUCAAAGGUCAAGGUCACUGUGACCUCUAAAAAAAAAAAAAUCCAACAAGCUUUUGCAGCCGAGCGUUGGCACCCAUUAUGCGGUGCUCUUGUUUGAAAAUAUAUUAAAACUAUUUUGAAAAUCUUCAUUUUUACAAACUUCAAACAAGACCCUUUAAGGGAAUGUGAAAAAAAAUCCUUGAAUUAAAUAAUCAUAGAUUCUGGUGCAAAGUUAUGAUAUUCUUAAAAAUUAUUUUAUAAUACGCUUUACAAAGUUAAAUGGUAUAAUAAGAUAUUCAGUGGUCUAGAAAUGGCUACAUAAUUUAAAUAAGACCAAUGUUUGUAUUUUAUUAGAGCCUUCAUUUGUUUGAAGCUGACUUGUGUAUGAUUCUGUACAUAAUAAACAUUAUAAAAGUA